AUGGGCAAGGCGAAGUUGGCGCGCGACAUUAAAUCACUGAUAAAGAACUACUACAAGACCUACGAAGAACUUGAAGCGGGCCUGCGUAAGGCAGGAGUCGAGUCCAUGCAGAUGGUCGUGGGCAUAGAUUUCUCGAAGUCAAACGAGUGGACUGGCGAAAAGAGCUAUCGUAGAGCACUUCAUGAUGCUAGAGGAGGGGAGACGCCAUACUCCAAGGCCAUGCGCAUUAUGUCUCGAGUAAUCAGCAGAUUCGACGACGACGACAUCUACCCCGUGUACCGCUUCGGGUGCAUUAACACUAAGGACAAGUCUGUCCUUCCUCUCCUGUAUCCUGAUCAAGAAGACCCCCACUUCGAAGGCUUUGACGCCGUGAAGAGGGCGUACGAACACAUCGCGCCCCAGAUCGAGAUGUCCGGCCCGACCACCUUUGCUCCGAUGAUCCGCCAGGCGAUAGAGAUAUCUAAGGAAUCCAAUGGUCAAUACAUGAUUCUCGUCCUGCUCACAGACGGUGACGUUUCAGACAUGGUUGAGGAUAUGAAGGCGCUCCAAGAAGCGUCCAACUACCCCCUGAGUAUCGUUGCUGUUGGUUUAGGCGAUGGUCCGUUCGACAAAAUGCACAUUUUCGAUGACGAUGUCCGUGGUCGCAAGUUCGACAACUUCCAGUUCGUGAACUUCACAGAGGUUGAAAUGAAAGCAGGGAAGUGCGAGAACCCAGAACUGGUGCUUGCCACCGCCAUGAUGCAGGAGAUCCCCAGCCAGUUUGCUUUCAUUAAGAAGCUAGGGUAUCUCAACUAG